AUGCAGUUGACAAACUUAGAUCAGCCACAGGAACAAUCGGCCUGUCAAAAGACUGUUGAGCCUGUGCCCAAAUGGAUCCAAGGGCUUGCCCAUGAAGCAGGUGUGACCUUCGGCGGUAGCGAUCCCUGGGACGUCCGAGUGUCAGACCCACGGCUGUACCAACGCAUCGCCCGGCAAGGCACACUUGGCUUUGGGGAAGGGUUUGUCGAUGGUCAGUGGGAAUGCGAUGCACCCGAUGAACUCAUUUGCCGCCUGCUUAGGGCUGGCACCGACUCAAGAAUGAGUGUUCUCUUCCGCGCCUACCUGACCGCCCGAAAAGUCAGAGACAGACUGCUGAAUCGCCAAGCAAAAUCUCGGGCUUUCCAAGUGGGGGAGCAACACUAUGAUGCGGGUAACGACAUCUUUGCUGCGAUGUUGGACGAUACGAUGACCUACUCCUGCGGCUACUGGCGCACAGCGUCAGACCUGCAGCAGGCUCAGCUCGACAAGUUCGACCUGAUCUGCCGAAAACUUCAGCUCAGGCCUGGCGAGAAACUUCUCGACAUUGGCUGUGGCUGGGGCGGUUUAGCCCACUACGCAGCAGUCAAUUAUGGCGUCAGCGUCGUUGGGAUCACAGUCUCUGAGCGCCAACACCUUAUUGCCCAACAACGUUGCGAAGGCUUAGAUGUUGAGAUCAAGCUCCAAGACUAUCGAGAGCUAGUCGAUACGUUCGACAAAGUCGUAUCUGUCGGCAUGUUUGAACACGUGGGACCAAAGAACUAUGCGAACUACUUCGACAUGGUCAGCAGACUCCUCACCUCGGACGGUUUGUUCUUGCUGCACUCAAUUGGCAUCGACAGGUACACCGACAGUGUCGAUCCCUGGAUUGAAAAAUGGAUCUUCCCUAAUGGCCGACUUCCUUCAGCGAUCGAACUGACUCAAUCACUCGACCGCCGAUUUCUGAUCGAAGACUGGCACAACUUUGGCCAGGACUAUGACAAAACACUGAUGGCCUGGUGGCACAACUUUAAUCGAGCCUGGCCAGAUCUUGCACCGUCCUAUAACGAGCGCUUUUAUCGGAUGUGGAAACUCUACUUGCUGGGCUGCGCUGGCUUUUUCCGCUCGCGACAAGGGCAACUUUGGCAACUUGUCCUAAGCAAGCCGACUCGAUCAGCGCAGUAUCUUUCUGUCCGUUAA